UUUGAAAUUAUAAACUACAGAACGAACAUCAGAGUUUGUUCAUCGCAUAAAUAUAUUGUCAUAUAUAUUUUAAUAACUCGUCUUUAAUUGUACUUUCGUUUUAGAAAUCAGAAUACUAUCUCCACGGCUGAAUUGCUUUGUAUAAGCAACUGUUUUUUGUAAUCAUUUGAGAACGGGUUCUAUAGAAAUUUUUAAAAUGCCGACUGAUUUGACCAAAGACCAAUUAGAUGCUUUUAAAAUCGCUGUGGAGCAAUAUCAAGAGAAUGGGACUGGCACAAUUGCUACUAAAGACGUAGCAGCCUUUUUAGUGACUUUAGGAUAUGACGUACCUGACGAGGUACUAACCAACGCUCUUCACGAAAUAGAUCCUGAUAACAGUGGUCUCAUUGAAAUGCAUACUUUCCUUUCUAUGGCCAUAGCUAAGUUUCAGAGCUACGCGCGGGUCGAACAGAUACAAAAGCUAUUUGAUAUUUUAGACACCAAUAAGGACGGCUAUUUAACACCGCAAGAGAUGCGUCGCGUAGCUGAGAUCACUGGUUUUGAUAUAAGUGACGAAAAAAUCAACGAAAUGGUUCAAAUCUUGGACGUGGAUGGUGACGGUAAGGUAAGCUUUGAGGAAUUUUCCACACUAUUUAAACGCAUGUAAACCUUCCUAUAAUUAAUAUAACCCAUCCAAGUCCACAAUUUAAAAAGACAGCAGACCACUUAACACCAGGUCUGGUAAUAACCAAUAACGCAUACAAAAAAACUGAUAUACACCAGCAAAGCCAAGCAAAGCCAAGU